AUGGCAGCAAGAGCGCCCCCAGUGCAGAUACAGCCUUGGCCAAAAAUGGAUUCGGCAUGGUCUAGACUACAUGUGGAUUUCGCAGGACCAUUAAAUGGCUCCUAUUAUAUCAUUGUGGUGGAUAGCUAUUCCAAAUGGCCGGAAGUGUGUAAAUGUUCAAGGCCAACCACAAGUGUGACGUUUGACUUCUUGGAAGAACUGUUCUCUCGGUAUGAGGUGCCAUAUACGAUCGUGUCAGAUAAUGGUACACAAUUCAGAGUGAAGGAGUUCAAAAGAUUCUUCACCUUGCACAGCAUUCCUCCAGCUUCUGGAGACCGGCCUGGACGUUUUUCCCAUCAGUCAAUCGAGGACCUUCUAGAUCUCGUCAACAGUGUUAAUGGUGACCAGUGA